AUGCAGAUGUGUGUUAGAUCUUAUCUUAUCAGAUCAUCUUAUCUAAACGCCAGUACCCUCAAUUCGUCAUCCGACUACCCGUCUCAGCCGCUCGAGGAGGAAUCCUACACAGACGAGCUAGAAGCUAUCGUGCUCCAAGCCGAGGAGACCAGGCAGAGAUUUGACGAACAGGGAGUUGUGAUUAGACACCGUCAAUUGAGUUUAAGAUCGGCUUUUAGAAGCAGUAGUUUACCGCCUGAGACGCCAACUAAAAGCUCGAAAAAUCGCAAAAACAUCUGGGCAACCCCAACAUCUCCACUUGCUUCAGAAGAUAUACCGUCCUCAUCCCAAACAACACCACGAGCAGUAGUGGCAAUGCAAUCAACACUUGCAUUCCCCAGCUCUUCGCCUCCGGCCGCACCCCCGGCGGCCAAACGUCAAAAGGUCAUAGCGCCGAACGAUUACACUUUCGAUUAUCCAGAUUCUGAUGAGGAGGACGCACUGAUGCGUCAGGGCGUCGAUGAAGAAGAGGGCGAGGAUUCACAACGACUGCCCGGAGAAUCCGAAAAGGAAAAUGCUCUGAAGACUCCAACCGCACCCCUGAGGCCGGUAUUCAACUUGCCGUUAUCGGGUGGGCUGUUUAGUAAAAAGUUUACGCCUACCGCGACGAAAUCAUCAUACUCAAAACCUACGGAAAUAGACCUCACGACCGAAGAUUCUGCGCCGGAUGUGCCGAGGAACUUCCGGGCAGAAUUGACACCCCCGCCCCAACUUCCACCGGCAAAUCAAGAGUCGUUUGAAGCAUUCAAGGCUACGAUGAAGUCUGCGCCUAGAGCUAGUGUACCUAAGCCUACAGCUCAGGUAGUUUCAGCUUCUGUAUAUUCGUCUAUCACUGUCCCUAUUAUACUUAGCUCGGGGGAGACCCUCCAUGUUAGAAAAAAGGCGCCAAAAAUAGGUCCUACAAGAGAAAGCUUCGGUCUGUCUUCCGGGGCCGUUGGGGGUGAUUCUGGAGAAGGGUUAGACGAGGGAUUAAAGAAGAGUUACUUCGGAGUUGAUAUCAGCUCUUUACUCAGCGAUUACAACGCCGAGAAACGCAUACAGAAAAUACAGCAAGAAAAAGCUGCACUGAAGGCUGCUGACAAAGCCGCCGACGAGGCUCUCGCUGCUGCUCUCAAAACCGAUUUGGAGAUUUCAGGUACGAAAUGUAAGAAGACACAGCUUUGGACUGAAAAGUACCGCGCGAAGCGCUUCACGGACCUCGUAGGAGACGAGCGGACACAUAGACAAGUGCUACGGUGGUUCAAGAGGUGGGAUAAAAUUGUCUUCCCAUCUGCAAAUUCCAAAGCAAAAAAGACGGAGGAGGGUGACGAGCGAGAACUCCGGAAAAUUUUACUUAUUCACGGCCCUCCUGGGCUGGGAAAAACAACUCUAGCGCACGUGGCUGCGAAACAGGCAGGCUAUGAGGUUGUUGAGGUCAAUGCCUCCGACGAUCGCUCUGCAGAAGUAGUGAAAGGCCGUGUAAAAGAUACCCUUUCUAAUGGGGGUGUCAAGAGUAUGGGGAUGGUGACCAGCGCUUCCAAUUGUGCAGUAACAUUAGGCAAGCCAGUUUGUCUAGUUGUUGACGAAAUUGAUGGUGCCUCCAGUGGAGGGAGCGAUGGCAGCUUCGUAGGUGCACUCGUCGAUCUAGUGCUAUCUGACCAGAAAGGAUCUAGUGUUAUUGCACCUGGAGUCACAAAGAAUAAGAGGAAGAAUGAAAAGGAAGAAUUGUUCAAGUUGCAGAGGCCGGUAGUGGCUAUCUGCAAUGACCUUUAUGCCCCUGCAUUGAGGGCAUUGAGGCCCUUGGCGGAAAUCGUGUAUAUGCGAAAACCACCGGCAAAACUGAUGGUAGGCAGAAUCAAGAAUGUGUUGAAUACCGAGGGGUUUAGGGUAGAAGAUGGAGCAGUAAGGAGAUUAGUAGAGCUGAGUUGUACGGAUAGUGCUGGAAAGGCUGGCGGAGACAUGAGAGCUGCCAUGGUAGGGUGCGAAUGGAUCGCAGCUCGGCUGCGAGCUACAGCAGAGCCAAAUAAAAUCCCGAGCGAGAAGAAAUACCUCACACGGAAAAUGGUAGAGGAAGAGUUUGGUGAGGGCGGGCUCGGAGACACAGACGGUAAAGGAGGGAGUAGUGGAAGAGGGAGUGUUAAAGAAGCAGUGGAAAGAGUUUUCUAUACUGAAGAAGUGAUGAGAGGUAAAAAGGAAACAAACGCUAACCACAAAAAAACCAACAUACAAAAUCUGCGUCAGCUGGUGGAAGGGAUAGAUGAAUUCGACAAGAUCAUGUCAGGUUGCUUCGCGACAUAUCUCACACGCCCUUACAACGACGACCCAUACUUGACGAAACCCAACGCCGCGAGUGAAUGGCUCUGGUUUCAGGAUCUUUUGAGCGAAAGGGUUUUUCAAGAACAGGAUUAUGAAUUGAGCGGAUAUCUCUCAAGUCCGAUUCUUGCAUUUCACCUUCUUUUUUCUAGUCCUAUACGACAGAAGGCUCCGCAGAGCAAGUACAAUCGUAAGGACCACGAAGAAGAGGAGGAGAUGGCACCAUUUUCAGGACCACAAGCAGAAUGGGAGGUCCGUGAGGGCACCAAAGAGCACAAAGCCCUAAUAGCAAGCGUACAAACAUGCAUAAAAAAAAGCGAAAUAAGGCUGCAUGAAGCCUUCCAUGCUGCCGAGAAUGUAGUUAUGGAGCUUGCGCCAUGGGUAUCUCGGAUCCUUUCUCCGAAUAUAAAACCAGUUGUGAUCGGCGGGUCUGGGCCCGAGGGAGGAGUGGCAAGUGUAAGACGAGAAGGAGAAAAGAAACUUGUUAUGAGAGGUGUACAGGUCAUGAUGGGGUUGGGCGUAAUGUUCGAAAGGGUAAAGGUUGAGGGAAUUGGUAGCGGAGGAUGGGGGUGGAUUUAUAGAAUGGAGCCCCCACUCGACUCACUCUCGAUCUUCCGCACAUCUACAAUCCCUCCUGGCGAACUAGCACCAGCUCCUGUCCGCUAUGCCAUCCGUCAAGUGCUCUCUCAAUCUCUCUACAAACAGCGGGUAGCCCAACGCGAAGCGUCCAGACAAGCCCGGAUGGGUACAUCUCUUGAGGCCCCACAGCUUAAGAUGGUGGUCAACCUUGAAAAUAUGUUGAAGCGCAAGAAGAACGAAGUCAAGAAAGACUUUUUCGGGCGUGUCAUAGCCCCCGAUGAACCCCAAAUCGGCGAGGAGGAAGAGGGAACACGCUGUGGAAAGAGAAAGAAGGUACAGGAAGAUAAGAACGAAACAGUGUGGCUAAGUUUUCACGAAGGUUUUAGUAAUGCGGUUAGGAAGGGCGUUACGUUAGAUGAGUUUAUGAGUGGGCUGAUGUAA